GGCAACAAGCGUUAACAAUCAACCUGACUGGGUAGCUUAGCUAGCUAGUAGUAGAAAGAGUGACAGCAUAUCCGGUGUUAUGCCUAAAAGCGAAUCCAUGCCGCACUCACUCUCAGCAUGUGUGCGCGCUCCCGCGUCCGAUCUGAUAUAAUAAUGUUUAUGUUGCUAACGUAAUCACGAUUUACACUCGUCUGAGAAUUACUUUUCAAGAAAUGUGGCGUCACAUUCAUGUGCGUUGUAAGUUCGAAGUUGACUUGGUCCACGAGACACUCUAGCUAAAAAACAAAACAAACAAGAAACACACACUACAGAUGUCUGUCCAUGCGUUGGUCCAGAUCCCGCCUUGUACUACACAUUCAUUGGAUAAAAAAGUAUCUGUAACCAGAAAAUGGAGAGUGAUUCACCAACGGACCUCCAAAGAUCACCCGAUGACAGAGGAUGUGCCAGCCACUUGUUUUCAGUGCUUCCUGAGAAGCUACAACAGAGACUGAUGGCGUUCCAAAAGGAGGGAGUAGCAUUUGCUUUAUCAAGGGAUGGAAGGUGCAUGAUAGCAGAUGAGAUGGGUCUUGGGAAGACGGUCCAGGCCAUCGCGGUCGCCUACUCCUACAGGCAGGAGUGGCCGCUCCUCAUCGUGGUGCCCUCCUCCCUCAAGUACCCCUGGAUCGAGGAGAUGGAGCGCUGGAUCCCGGAGCUCAACCCCGGAGACGUCAACCUGGUGGAGAGCAAGAGCGAUACCACGGGCAUCGGCAGCAGUAAGGUGACCGUGCUGGGUUACGGCCUGCUCACCACCGAUGCUCGCUCCCUAGUAGAGGCGUUGACCAGGCAGAGGUUUGCCGUCGUGGUGGUGGAUGAGUCCCACUACCUCAAGUCCAAGAACGCUGCUCGCAGCAAAAUCCUGGUGCCGCUCAUCCAGAGCGCCAAACGCGCUAUCCUGCUGACGGGCACCCCCGCCCUGGGGCGGCCGGAGGAGCUCUUCACACAGAUCGACUCUCUGUACCCCAAGAGGUUUGGAACAUGGAGUGACUAUACCAAAAAAUACUGUAACGCUCAUUACAGGUUCUUUGGCAACCGGAGACAAUGGGACUGUCGGGGUGCGUCACACCUGGAGGAGCUGCAUCAGCGUCUGAGCGAGAUAAUGAUCCGCAGGCUCAAGACCCAGGUCCUCACCCAGCUCCCCCCCAAGAUCCGCCAGCGCAUCCCCUUUGACCUGCCCAAAGAAGCUGCCAAGGAGGCGUGCGCCAGCUUGGAGGAGUGGGAGAGGCUGAUGAAGAACCUGGGGUCGGGGCCGUCGGCUCCCGACUCUGACGGCAGCCCCUUCACCCAGGUCAUGGGCGUCAUCACGCGCAUGUACAAGCAGACCGCCGUCGCCAAGGCCGGGGCGGUGAAGGACUACAUCAAGAUGCUGCUGGAGAGCGACCAGCUCAAGUUCCUGGUGUUCGCACACCACCUCACCAUGCUGCAGGCCUGCACCGAGGCUGUCAUCGAAGCCAAGGCCGGUUACAUCCGCAUCGACGGCAGCGUCCCGUCCUCCGAGCGCAUCCAGCUGGUUCAUCGCUUCCAGAACGACCCCAGUACUCGCGUGGCAGUCCUCAGCAUCCAGGCAGCCGGUCAGGGUCUGACGUUCACAGCGGCCUCCCACGUGGUGUUCGCUGAGCUGUACUGGAACCCGGGCCACGUGAAGCAGGCUGAGGACCGCGCUCACCGCAUCGGCCAGACCGCCUCCGUGCACGUGCACUACCUCAUCGCCAAGGGAACGUUCGACACGGUCAUGUGGGGCAUGCUGAACAGGAAGGAAACGGUCACGGGCACCACCCUGAACGGCAGGAAGGAGUACCUGAAUGCCGAGGUCGGGGACAAAGACAAGUGGGACUUCCUCAACUUCUCCAGUGCCUGGACACCCAGCAAGGCGCCCGUGGCAGGAGACCCAGAGGUGGACAAAGAUGGCGUCUUCUUCUCCCACUUUGAGAAAGACAAGCAGCACGACAUCCGCACCUUCUUCUCUCCAAACGCGGCCAAGGAGAAGAAGAGGAAGAGGGCCUCGCUGGAGGGAGAGGGAGGCAGGCCUGCGCUCACAGAGGAGGAGGGGGAGGCCUCGUGUCCAGCGCCCAGCCUACCAGACGAGGAGACCCCGUCUCCAGCGCCCGGCCUACCAGACGAGGACUUCUCCCCCCAGGUGAAGAGGCUGCGGACGCCUGGCCCCAGCCCCAGGUCUCGCUUGGAGGCCAAGAGGAGGUCCGGCGCUGGCCGAUCCAGCCCCCAGUGCCCCCUGUUUGCCCCCCGCAGGCUCUCUGAGAGAGCCCCGCCCAGGCAGGAGGUGGCAGGGCAGGGGGAGAAGUGGAGCUGUGGGGCUUGUACUUACUGCAACAGCACUCUGCUGCCUUACUGUGAGAUGUGCGAGUCCCCACGCCCCACCUCUGCUCCUUGUCCAGAGCCCGCUGCCUCCGCCCCAACAGAGCCCCUCAGCCCAGCAGCCCGGCCCAGAACCAGAGACCUCCCCGACCCGUGUGUCGUCCCAGACGCCAGCCAACCACAGCCCAACCCCGGCCCGCACCCCGGCCCGCACCGUGGUCCAGCUUCUCUCACAGCACCUGAGCCACACACAGACACACUGCAAUCAGAGGAGGACGAGAAGCCUGGAGGCAAACAAUCACCAGGAGAUUACCACUCACCACUCUGUGAUCACACGGAAGCCCAGACAGACAGAGUGUGUGCGUCCAGUCUGACCGAGGGGGACAGCUCAGACAGUCUUCCUCUGUACCCCAACCUGAAGUUCUGUGCCAGCAAGAACACAGACAGGGUCUACCUCUACACCAAGGUUGGCACUCCCCUCAACUGCAACUUCAUCCCCCUGGACAUCAGCCUGGACAACUGGGAGGACCUGCCGCUGGCCUUCAGACGCAGAGAGAACAGCAGCCAGGUGCUGAGGUUUGUGAGGGAAUGGACGACUCUGACAGCCAUGAAGCAGAGGCUGGUGCGUCGGAGCGGUCAGCUGUUUCACAGUCCCAUCCUGGCCCUGGACGAGCUGGCCAGCACCCAGCGCAGACACAGCAGCACCAAGAGGUACCUGAGGCGGGAGGACGUGGCCGAGGCCUCCCUCAGCAAGGCCCAGCAGGAGGGCGGGAGCGUCCGUGUGAUCGCCACCGAGCGCUUCUUCUCCAGGAGGAGAUCUUCCCCCCUGCCUUCGGCCCCCGCCGGCCCCCAGCCUUCGGCCCCCGCCGCCCCCCAGCCUUCAGCCCCCGCCGGCCCCCAGCCUUCGCCCCCCGCCGGCCCCCAGCCUUCGGCCCCCGCCACCCCAGAGAAAGAGGGUGAGGCUCCAGCCCCUCCCACAGGGGACGCCUCAGAGCCGGGGUACCUGCAGGCGGUGGACAGCGCAGGGGUGCCCCUCUGCCUGUCCUGCCAGAAGGCCUGCCCCCCUGUUCCGGAGGGGGCCUCGGCCGACGCCCGCUUCUGCAGCCAGGCGUGCCAGGAGGAGUUCCAGCUGCGCUCCAGCCAGGCCUACAUGAGGGCCCGGGUGCUGCAGACGGAGCAGGGGGUGUGUCAGCACUGCGGCCUGCAGGCCCACCAGCUGUACCUUAGGGUGCGGGACGCCCCUCCCUCCCACAGGAAGGAGAUACUGGAGGGAACCUGGCUGGAGCAGCUUUCACUCAAACAGCUGAAUGAGAUGAUCCGUAACCCAGUGGACGGCUACUUCUGGCAGGUGGACCACAUCCGGCCGGUCUACAGUGGGGGGGGGCAGUGCUCCCUAGACAACCUCCAGACCCUCUGCACUGUCUGCCACAGAUCUAGGACUGCUCAGCAGGCCAAGGAGCGCAGCCAGAUGAGAAGAAGCCUGUCAGCCUCCAAGGUUGCCUCCGACAUCAGCAGGUUCUUCAUCAAGAAAUGACACAGUGUCACCGGGAAGGCACCAUCCCUUCUCCGGGCGUGUAGGCUUGUUUAGCCGCCGCUUCCCCGUGUCUUAUGAUCACGUUCAGGUGAUUGAGUGAGUUAGCACAAAGGCUGUUGCUUCAGGGACGCUGUCGAGUUUGUCGAAAGAGGUUUAACUAAACAAUGCGGCAUGCAUCAAAUGCAAAUGCACAGGGCUCCCUCCUCGCCCUCGAACCGUCAGCGGCGGGCCGGGCUUGAUUUAUGACGGGCCUAUCUAGCUCAGAGGCUGAGCAGAGCUUGUUUCAAACGCCGGGGCUAUUUUAAGGUUGCGCAGACUUGCUGGAAAAACGCAUGAAAAAAAAUAUAUAUAACAAUAAAAAAAUAAAAACAACGUGAUUCUUCGCAUUUAUGCGGAACCCACAAACAAGUGUUUUCUUUUUAAGCUUGCACAAAUUUUGCUUUUUUUUAUGUGUGUUCGGUUACCAGGUAUAUGGAGGAAUGUUGACUGAAAUAAAAUUGUAAAAUGUU